AUGUUUGCAACAAGAUGCUUGAUUCUGCUGGCCUGCUGGACGCUCCUCCAGGGCGUCGUGGCUGUCCCAGAUGUUGCGCUGGAGCAGCCCGGCCUCGAGGAUCGUCGUCAAGAAGAGCGUGGCUUUGGCUUGCAGGAGCGCCACAACCAUCCUGAACUUAUAAGCUCGCUACUUUCUGUGUUGACUGAGGAGAUCUCUACAAAAGGCCCAAAGCCUACAGCCCCUGGUGGAGGAGGUGGUACAGUCCCCGGUGGUGGCGGUGGUACUACAGUCCCCGGUGAUGGAGGUGGUACAGUCCCCGGUGGUGGCGGUGGUACUACAGUCCCCGGUGAUGGAGGUGGUACAGUCCCCGGUGGUGGCGGUGGUACUACAGCCCCUGGCGGAGGAGGUGGUACAGUCCCCGGUGAUGGCGGUGGUACUACAGCACCCGGCGGAGGAGGUGGUACAGCCCCUGGCGGAGGUGGUGGUACUACAGUCCCUGGUGGAGGUGGUGGCACUACGGCCCCUGGCGGAGGUGGUGGUACUACGGCCCCUGGUGGAGGAGGCGGCACUUCACCCACUGGCGGGGCUACCACGACAACUGGACCUGCUCCUCCAACUGGCGGCAAUGUUAGUCCUCCCCCAAGCGGAACCACUCCGCCAUCCUCUCCUGGUAUAGUCACUGAAACCACCAACACUGGUCAGACAUCUCCCAUUACUAGUGAGCAGCCAGGCACCACGCACACAUCUCCCGCUGGAGGUGGUAGCGUGCCUCCUUCUCCACCCAGCGUUACCACUGGAACCGAAGCACCACCGGUUUGUCCUACUCCAUCCACAUCCAAGGAGACGACGGUGGUCCCGGUGACAGUCACUUGUCCCGCUGCCAUAGUGAGCACCACUACCGUCACCGUCACAGCUGGUUCGGCCGCGGGCACGGGAGAAGCGUGCUGUCCUUGCCCCACUGAAAGUCCUGGCGGAGGUAUUCCCCCGGUCAGCCCCACUGGCGGAGUCCCUCCAGCUGAAAGCGUGGAAACCUCAGCUAUCGGCAGCGCGACAACCUCAGUUAUCCAAACCAGCGUAGUCACCCCACCUGGCGGCGCGACAGCCUCAACUAGCCAUACCGGCGUAGUCUCCCCAACGGGCAUCCCGACAGCCUCAACUAGGCACACCGGCGUAGUCUCCUCAACUGGCAUCCAGACAGGCUCCCCCACCAGAACCAGAACCAACACCUUGACGCAGACCCUGACCCAAACCCGAACAUCGACGCCACUCAUACCAACCACCAGCAGAGAGCGUACUACAGCCGCAACAGCCUCGCCCUCCACACCAGCUACCCUCGUGACUUUGCCUACGACACCUGCGCAUGUAUCUCCCGUCACACCAGGGGGAUCGCGUAUCACUCCACGAGCAAAGAUCAACCCCGAUGUUAUUCGCCGGCAGCUAUUUACCAACACGACAGCGACGGCCCUCUUCACCAACACGUCUAUUGUCCACAAUGCCACAACUAGUGCAUUGAACCUCACUCGUGUUGCGACGGAGACUGCCACCGAGCCUGCGCCCGCUUUCCUGCCUCGCUUUCAUCGUGGACGGAAUCGUGGUUAG